AUGCUACGAAAUAGUUGGAAAGAACGAGUUCAUCUUAAACGCGUGGCUCUAUCAUUAUUAAUUGUUUUGUGUUCUUUAAUAAUAAUAUCUGAUGCUGGAACUACUACAAAGUCGUAUAGUGAAAAUGGUCAACUAACAGUAUCUCAAGUUGAUACUUACUCCGACGAUACAAUUAUUAUAUUACUUAAAUCUAGUACAGGAUCAUGUUCAGACAAUACAUUACAUUUUCGUAUAAUUUCUAAAGAUGGUACUGAAACCCCAUGUGAUUAUUACAAUAGUUCUAUACCUCAAAAUAAUUUUUGUUUUCCGGCUAGUAGUAAUAUACAAAAAAGAAAUUACCAAGAGAAUGAAGAUUGUGACGAAAAUGAAAGUAAACCAGUAGAACAACCAAUUGAUAAAUCCGAAGAUUGUACGACGACUGGUUAUUACGAAAGUAUACCAACGAACCAUCCAGAGCAACCAGAUAAAUCCGAAGAUUGUACAACUACUAAUUAUGAUAGUAAGCCAACGGAGCUUCCAGGAAACAAAGAUUGUGAAGAUUGUGAAAAAAAUUGUGAAAAUGAUUGUGAAAAUUCUUGUAAACAACCCGGGGAGGAUUGUGCAAAUGGUUGUCAAGAUUCAGAUGAGAAUUGUAAAAAUCUUUGUAAAUCAUAUGAAGAUUGCAAAAAUAAUUGUCAAACAUCUGUGGAUAAUUGCAAAAAGUCUUGCGGAGGAACCGGAAAUGGUAGCGGAAAUGGUAGCGGAAAUGGUAGUGGAACAGGAACAAGUGGUGGAAAUGGAGCAACACCAAAUGGCGGAACAUCAAAUGGUGGAACAUCAAAUG